ACGCUCGCUUGUCCCUUUUUUUCUUUCUCUUCUCCUCGUCCGGCUCUGAGCGUAGCAGCAGCGCCUGCCGAUCAUCCAUCCCAGAAUCAUGGUCGUCUUUGUCGAUUUGGAGGAUGAGGCCGAGCCGCCGGAGAAGAUGCUAUCGAGCCGCCAGUGGGACAAGCUGGAUCUGAAUCGGAACCCCCCGGGCGGUGCGGAUGCCUUCAGCAGCAGGACUCAGGGAAUAGCCGGCUUGGGAGAGGAAGAGGGUAGAGUGAACCCGAAUAAGAAUGCUGUCACGGAGGCGUUGGGAUGUUAUCCGAUCGUCAUUUCUAUUGCCUCACACAUCGAUCUGAACACGCUCGACGCGCUGUCCUCGACCUGUCGCCAGGUACGCGCCAACCUCCUGCAGUUUCGCACGCAACUCCUCGCCUCGACGCUACACUGCGAGAACGAGGAUAUCGAACCAGACCCAGAACACGUCUUUCGCUAUCGGGCUCGUGCCGCAGACUGGUACUUUGUGGAGGCGGGGAGGGAGGCUGCGGGGGUGGGCAAGGUGGGCGACUGCGCGCGGGACAUGGUGGGGGGCUGCAGAAGAUGCGGGAGGAUUGUUUGUCGAAACUGCACGAUCAAACCCCCAGCACCGGUCCUGCUCCGUCACCGUCACCGACGUAUCUGCAAGGCCUGUUCCCGAGCACCUCUCUCCUCGCUCAUCAACCCAUCCAUCCAAUCUGGAGCACAGCCAGCUGCCGUCAGCGCCGAGACGCUCAAGCAGGUCGUGUGCACAUGCCCGUCUGCAGGGGUCUGGCUGUGUCAGCCCUGCGGCCGCAGUCUGCGCAGCGCCGACACGGAAUAUGAAAGCAUCUGGAAAUGGCGCACGCGCUACCUCCCCUCCCUCGGCGGCCUCGGCGUCGGGAUCGGCGAGGGCGACCGCGGGGUUCCCUGCGGCCGCGGCGGCGAAUGCAUCGCGGCGCACGAAGUCGAGCAGGAGACGGACUGCGACGCCGAGGACGCGCGCGAGAUCGACAGCAUCAGCCGCAGCGUCAGCCCGUCCUCGAGCCCCGGCGGCAGCAGCAGCCUCCUCGCCCACGCCCACGGCCACGGCGCCGCAUCCAUGGGUCCCGGCUACGCGCGCCACGAGAUCGAGGGCAUCGGCGGCGUGGUCAAGAAGAAACUGGUCAGGAUGGUGAAGGUCGGGGCGUGCGUGCCGGAGUUUGGCGACGAGCGCGAGAUGGGCCGGUUCUUGGUGCGGGAGGUCGAGGGCCGGGCCCGCAGCUGGUGUGGCUGGUGCUGGAGAGUCGUGCCGAGUAUGGAUGAUAUUGCUUGAUUGAAUGCGGGGGAGGAGAAGGAAGGGGGGAGGGGUGCGGGGUGGAUAAGAACAUUCAAAUAAUCCCUAGGUAUGGAACGAACCAAUGAACGAACGAACGAAUGCAAUGCAAUCAAUAAUAAUAUCUGAAAACCCCCCAUCCCAUCAUCUAUCUAUAAUAUGAAGGAUCAUCUAUAUAUUCACCGUCCCGCUAUCAUAUCACAUCCUAUCU